CUCAGUACAGAGCUUGGCCAGAAAUUGAUCUGACUGACAGUGUGGAGUUAAUGAGGAAUUUCUUUCCCCCUUCCAAAGGCAAUUUGCACUUUAUUUCUUAUCACUCUUUCCUGUGCAUUAAAUAUACAUUAUAAAUCAAUAACUUGUAUAUUGCACUUGUCACUGACCAGCAUUAUAUUCUCUAAUUCCCAAACUUGCAUCACAGGACAGAAUCUCUGUUAGUAGCUUCUCCGAAAGCUCUUGGCUCUCGACUAUACAUUAACCACGUGCAGAUGGUGAAAGAAAAUUCCAUGAAUUCUAAAUCACAACUAUGGAAAUAGUAAGGAAUGUAUAGAAGGGGUGGGUAGGGGGGCCCGUCCUCUGUCGCUUCCCCUCCUCUUUUCCAGCCCCAGCUGAGUGGAAGUGAAAAACAGGGCUGAUCUGCAGCUCUCCCAGCAUUGCCCUCUCUGGAUCUCAAGGAAUGAACUUCCCUGCAGCCAUGAAACGGUCCAUAUCCAGAGCCUACGCCAAUCUCCUCAAAUGUCACCAGCCGCUACCCCUCAUUGGAGUUUCUUUCAGGCACUUCUCCAAAGAUGAACAUCCGGUUAUGCCACCCUGUGAUUUUGAACCAGAAAAGUAUGAGUCCUAUCCAUAUGAACACAUCCAAGAGCUCCGUAAGGAAAGGAUAGCUCCAUCGCUCUACACAAUAUAUAAGAAACCAUUAUUGCUGCAUCAGGGACACAAGCAGUGGUUGUUUGACUCUGAAGGCCGUCGAUACCUGGAUCUUUUUGCUGGAAUCGUCACUGUCAGUGUCGGCCAUUGCCACCCGAAAAUCACAGAAGCUGCUCACAAACAGUUUGGCCUCCUGUGUCACACAUCCAACAUCUUCCUGAAUCCCCCAAUCCAUGAAUAUGCUGAGAAAUUAACAAAUCUUCUGCCUGGGAAACUAAAGGUUGUCUACUUUACAAACAGCGGCUCAGAGGCAAAUGAUUUGGCAUUACAAAUGGCAAGAGUAUAUACUGGCAACUGUGACUUAAUCAGCCUCAGAGGAGGUUAUCACGGAGCCAGUCCUUUAACCUUGUCUUUAACAGCAGUCGCUUCCUACAAACCUGGCAUCACCCUCAGCACCAACUGCCACACGACAAUGUGUCCAGAUGUAUUCCGCGGUGUAUGGGGCGGAAGUCACUGCAGAGACUCUCCUGUGCAGACCAUAAGGAAAUGCAGCUGCUCCCCAGGUUCUUGUGAAGCUAAAGACCAAUAUGUUGACCAGUUUAAGGAAACAUUAAGCACCUGUGUGGGACAAAGGCUUGCUGCAUUUAUUGCUGAACCAAUCCAGGGAGUUGGAGGAGCUGUUCAAUACCCCAAAGGAUUUUUAAAAGAAGUAUAUGAGCUUGUCCGAGAGCGAGGAGGUCUAUGCAUCGCUGAUGAAGUGCAGACGGGUUUUGGAAGAACUGGAAGCCACUUCUGGGGAUUUCAGACUCAUGAUGUUGUGCCCGAUAUUGUCACAAUGGCAAAGGGAAUUGGCAACGGAUUUCCAAUGGGAGCUGUUAUAACAACACAAGAGAUUGCCAAACCCUUUGCCAAAUUUUUGCAUUUCAAUACAUUCGGAGGAAAUCCCGUGGCCUGUGUAGUGGGUUCUGCGGUGCUCGAUAUCAUUGAAGAAGAAGGUUUGCAGAAAAACUGCGAAGUCAUCGGAACACAAAUGUUGCUGGAGUUCGCCAAACUUCGAGAUAUGUUUGAGAUUGUUGGAGAUGUUCGGGGAAAAGGACUUAUGAUUGGCAUAGAAAUGGUCAAAGAUAAGGAAUCACGAAAACCACUCCCUGCUGAAGAGAUGAAUCUCAUAUGGGAGGACUGUAAAGACAUGGGCGUGCUCUUUGGAAAGGGAGGCAUAUACGGACAGACGUUUCGGAUCAAACCUCCGAUGUGCAUCACGACGGAAGACGUCACCUUUGCUGCAGACGUUUUUCAACGAGCGCUGACCAGGCACAUGGAAAGAUCCCAAAAAUGAGAAGUUUCUCGUGUCUUGUGACAAACGGGCAAACGUUUACACUUGAGAGUCAGAUGUUCUAACUUUAGCCAAUGUAAGCAAUGAAUCCCAGGGUUUUUUUUUUACCUUUAAUGGUGAAAAAGUAUUUUUUUAAUUAUAUAAAUCUCUAUAAUUGUUGCAAUGUUUGCUAAGUUUUAACGGAUAAGUAAACCUUUAAAAUAAGUGAAUGUAAAAUUGAUGAGGGGGCUAUUCUAAGCACAUUUGCAAUG